UGGCAGCUACCAAGACAUGGCGGAAGAUGAAUAUUGUCAGUUAGUUAGUUAGUUAGUUUAGAACUAUACUGCUUGCUGUUGAUCUUUAAAAGAAAAAUGGAAUUUGAUUUCAACAUCAAUUAUUUAUUUAAAGACACAGUAACAAAAUUAGAUCACAAAGUUACACCAUAUAGGAAGAAUGCAAAUGGCUAUGAUUAUGUCACAUUACGUAAACAACUAUACCAAGUUAUUGAUCGGAUGGGAGAGGCUUCUGCUAGAGCACAAGGUUUACAUGGACCUAUUACUUUAGCAAGAAAGUUGGAACUGUCUGAUCAUAUAUUGUAUGUUAUCAAAGAUGCAGAAGCUAACAGUGGAAAGGGUGCUGUGGUAGGCAUACUAAAGAUAGGACAUAAAAGAUUGUUUGUGUAUGAUAGUCUAGGUCGUCAACAUGAAAUGGAACCUCUAUGUGUUUUGGACUUUUAUGUACAUGAAUCCAGACAGAGAAUGGGUUGUGGUAAAAAGUUAUUUGAGUACUUUUUGAAGGAACAGAACAUUAAUCCAAAACAUUUAGCUAUAGACAAGCCAUCGUUUAAAUUUAGUAGCUUUCUUAACAAACACUACAAUUUAAAGGCAGUUGUUUCACAGGUGAACAAUUUUGUAGUAUUUGAAGGAUUUUUUAAUGGUAGAACAGAUAUGCAAGGUAGACGUAAUGGUAAACCUCCAGUUCAUCCUCCGCGGUCUCAUUAUCAUUACAGACAAGGGGGGAACAGUCCAGAGGAUGAUGUAAUCAUAAGAAGACCUAAUGGCAUCCAUUCAGCACAGAAUUGGCACACAAGGGACCGUCCGCCAUCAGGGCGAUUCUCUAAAGCAUCACAUAAUACUUACCCUGCCAGAAAUGAUGAGCAUCAAAUUGUAAAUGAUCAGAAUCUUGCCAAUCGACCAUUGUCAGGCCAAAUGUUAAAUACUGAUGUCAUCAAUGAAAGACUGAACCCCCAACUAGAUUUGCAACAGCUCACUACUGCUGCUGAUCGUGCUUUAGGUGCUAGGGCAAACUUAUACAGUCGUCAUGGUAACACACCACCUGGGUCAAGGCCAUCAAGUAAUACUCAACGGCCAACUAGUAACACUAGGACUACAAGUAAAACUAACAAUGACCAUGCUAUUAACAGGAACUACAAUGAUAUUGGUCGACCAGACAGCCCUCCAUUACUUCAGAGAAAUGGUCCACAGACAAACUUCAAAGACAAGUUGAAUUUACAUCAAGAUUAUCAAGGUCGUACUGGUCAUUUAAAAUAUUCUCCAGAUACAAAUGUUGGAAGUUUGCCACAGAUACAACAAAAGCAAAGUCCAAAUCCAAGCAGUCUCUACUCACCAUCAUGGAGAACUAAAACUGAUUAUAAUUGGACUGUGAAUGGACAAGUUCAAAAUCAUCAGACUAUAUCACAGAGACAUUAUACACAUACACGACUGUGGUGAUUAAUGAUAUUGAAUAGUGUGUUUAUGAUUUUGCUGAGGAAAGAAAACUAGAAAGAACAUAUAAGAAGGAUGUGACAGGUUGCAGAAGGUCUCAGAUUUUCAUCGACAUAAAGUAAAACUGUGUUCUCAUAAUACAAUGUUGCGAUUACAAACUAUAUAUUGUAGAAGUGUAUGUCAAUUUAAAACUAUCAUGUCUCUAACAAUUAAAAAAAUGUCUUCUUAAGGUGCUUAAUUGCUAAAGGACAAGAUUGAAUAAUUUAUGUUUUGAUUUUUUUCAAUUCUUCAGCCCUAUUGAUUUUAGAUAUGACUAGCAGCUGUUCAAUAGAAUAUCUUAAGAGGGGAAAUAAUUCAUGCUAGAAAUCCUUAGUUUUUGCAGAAUUAAAUCACAGCUUUUCUGUACAUAAAAAAGAUUAUGUUACUUAAAAUGUAAUUCUGUCGUCACUACAGUGUAGAUUAAAAACCUCAAAGAAGCUGUUUCAAAAGGGAAUGUUUUACUUUAAUUACUUAUUAACUGACCUAGUCUAGCUUGGUCUGACAGGUAAUUCAUAAAUAGAAUAAUUCUGUCUAGCCUAUGACGAAAGUCACAGAAGAUUAGGCUUACCUAUUAAUUUUCUGGUGAGGGCAAUGGCAUUAACAAAUAUAAUUACUUUUAUAUCUUAAUCCAACUUUCAUAUAGAUGAACAAAGCUUUGUAUGGAGGUUGUUUAUGAUGAGAUUGUAUUCUGAUCUUGACCUCAUUUUAACAUUCAAAAAAUUCCUUUAAUUGGCUUAAGUUAUGGUUGGUGUAUUCAGGAUAAAGACAGGUUCUCUGAACAUGUCUACAAUACUGCAGCUUUGUUGUUUCCUAAUUGUCAAUCAGAGCUCUAGUGAUGAUAUUUUAAGUUUUUAUAAUUCUGCCUGUUUGUCAACAACAUGACAGAGUCAAAAAUAUUUGGUGUGAUGAUUUUUUUAGAAGUAUAUGUCAGACUGAUAUACUGUGGAUUCAUUAUUAUUUGUGGGACACCAAUUUUUGUGGUUUUCAUGGGUACAGGCAACCCAUGAAUUUAAAUGUUUAACAUGUACAUGUUUUCUAUAGGCUGGUAUGCAAAAUUUUGUAAAACCAUGAAACCAAAUAUCCACGAAAAGAUAAUUUUCCAUUAAUUCACAAAGAAUAAAUUUAUCCACUGUAUGUGACAUUGCAAUGACCUCGUUUUUAAGAGUUUAUUGACCUUUAGAGUUAUUAAACAUACAGUAUGGGAAACUAUUAAGUGAGUCAGAUUUUGUUUCCAAAUUUCUGUAGAUUAAUGAUAUAUUUUAAAGGCUGAUAAACAAUUUAAAUUAUAGAGCUGACAAAUUAUAUUUAACUCACUGCAUAUAAAUUAAACAGGGCUCUGUUUAGAAUAAACUAUUUAAGAAUUAAAUGCCUUAUAUAUUUCAACUAUAUUCAUGUUUCCUUUAAAGGGUUACUUUACUCACCUCACACAUUAUAUUUUACCUACCUAUAUGCAUAUAUGUGAAUAUCAUAAUUUCAAUUUAAACAUAGUUCAUGCAGUCCUUUUUACAUCUGUAUAUUUUCUGCUGUAAAUUAUUCAGAAAUAAAUGAAGUGCUAAGUUGUUCAUAAUAAUAUUCAUCACUGUGGUUUUUUAUAUGUCUUUCAAAUUGUUAUAUUUGCUAUCAUUUCAAUGUCAAAUAGACCAUUUAAUUGGUGUUAUUUUUUUUACACCGCACUUCUUAAUGUGGGCACACUGUAUGUAGAUGUGACAAUGAAAAUUGUCUCAUGUUUGAAACAAAGUCAGUUAGUCAUUAAUAAAUAAUGAUGUUUUUUCUCACUUGAAUCCAAGUCAAUGAAAUCAGAAAAUAAUAUGGUAUGUCUCAUAGUUUCAGGUUUCAUAUUGUAAUUACAUUGGUGCAAGUGACAAAAAAGUAAAAAAAUACUCCAAGGAAAAAUCAAAACAGAAAGUCCUUUAUCAAAUGGCAAAACCAAAAGAUCAAACGAACGGAAAACAACGGUCAUAUUCCUGACUUGGCACAGGCAUUUCCUUAUGUAGAAAAUGGUGGAAACUGAAAUAUAUUCAUUGUAGAUUUGAAGGGACAGAUUCAGGGUUCCAGGAAAAUGGGUGUAAUUGUCGGUAGUGGUAAAAAUAGCAACAAGUGUAGCAAGACAAUUUUUUGUUAUUGUUUUUUGCCAAACAAUUUCAUUUAUUUCAAUCAUGGGCAUUAAGCAUAUCUACCAGAUCUUCAUGACAAUAGCCUAUUAUUUGCAUUAUAAAAAUAAAGCAAAGACUGAAACUUUUUGACAGCACUUUUCUAUGAUUGAGUUAUGAAUAUUUGUAAUUACCUCAUGAUCAUGCAAUACCAUGUAUAAGUGUGUAUCAAAGAAAACAAUAAAUGCUUCAAGGACUGAAGAUAAUGUUCCUUAAAUCAUUUGUUUGGCAUCUUGAAGUGAAAUUAUUCUGUUUUCAAAUAAUGAAUAUUUAAGGUUUUUGGUUUGUUACAUAUAAAUGUAAUAUUGCUAUACAAUAAAAAUUACAAUCUUUUUCAUUUUCUGGUAUAUGAUAAGCAUGAUUUGUUGACUAUAUAUCUACUUAUUAACACUGCCUUUUUGUACAUAAAUUCUGGCUGUUUCUAUUUUGUGUCAAAAAAUCCAUCAUUAAGUCUUAUUUAAAGCUUGAUUGGCUGUAGAAUGAGCUACAUAGCAGCUUUCUGGCAAUAAAGUGUUUUCAAAAGUGCUCCUUUUUUUGAAGAAAAAAAAUACUUUGAAUUACUUUUAUGUUGGUGUUCAUUUUACAAAUUGUAAUUGUACUUAGAAUGAAAUUAAAAGUAGUUUUGUCUGCUGUUGAUCCAAUAAUUGCUUAGAUUAUGUUUAUGUAAAAUGAUUGUUACUUUAUUUUUAAACUAAUAUAAGGUGGUGUUGUUCUGUUGACAGAACUUUAAGGAAUGUUAUGUAAAUGAAAUUGUUCUAUGUUAAAAUUACAUGUUUAUACAUGUUUUCUAAUGCAGGAAAUAUGAAAAAUAAUUACAAAGAAGAAAAUGUUAUAGAAAAAAAUAAAACAAAAUCCAUGAA